AGCCGAUUUGUGACAGUUGUGUUAUUAAGAUCGGAAAUUAUGAAGUAGAAUAUUUUCUCAUUAUAUUUCAUAAUCUAUUUUUAAAUGACUGCUGGAAAAGAAAAUAUGGGGGAGCAACCAAUCUUCACGUGUAAGGCGCACGUGUUCCACAUAGACCCGAAGACCAAGCGCUCGUGGAUGUCAGCCAGCUCCGCCGCUGUCUCCGUCUCCUUCUUCUACGACUCCUCCCGGAACCUCUACCGCAUCAUCAGCGUCGAGGGGACGAAGGCGGUGAUCAACAGCACUAUAACAGCCAACAUGACGUUUACGAAGACUUCGCAGAAAUUUGGACAGUGGAGCGAUGUGCGGGCCAACACUGUCUAUGGACUAGGGUUCGCGUCGGAAGCUGAAUUAGGAAAGUUCAUCGAGAAGUUCCAAGAGGUGAAGGAAGCGAUACAAACGCAACAGUGCGGCGCGCAGAAGACCGCGAACGGUUCUGGAGCGGCCACGCCCGUGGCCUCCGCCACCGCGAGUCCGCUGCUAGCUGCGCGUGCGCCCGCCGGGGACGAAGCACCCGCUGUGUCGCCCGCACAACCAAAAGUCGACAACGACGAGAUGAUGAUGCACCAGCGAGCACACUCGGUCUCUUCAACACUUCAGAACGUCGGCGGCGGGUACGCCACGGUGGGUCGGUCGGCCCGCGCCCCGCUCGUGUCCAGUGACGUCACAGUCCCCGCCCCCGCGCCGCACGGCUCUCACCCGCCAGACACAGCUGACCAUCUGCGCUACGAGAACGACCGCCUUAAACUUGCGCUUGCGCAGAGUUCUGCGAAUGCCAAGAAGUGGGAGGUUGAAUUGGCUACAUUGAAAAGCAAUAAUCUGCGACUGACCGCUGCGCUUCAGGAGAGUACUGCCAACGUGGAUGAGUGGAAGCGACAACUCCAUCAGUAUAGAGAGGAAGUGGCCAGGGCCAGACACUACGCGGGGAAAGGUGGCGACGCUAAUGAAGUAGAACAAUUAAGACAAAGAGUGGCGCAGUUGGAGGCGGAGCUAGCGCAGAAGAAUGAGGAAUUGGCGCAGAUCACGAAGUUAAAGAAGAGUGAACAGGACGCCGAGGCUAAGAUGGCACAGAGUCAGUUGGAACUGGCACUGGCCGCGCAGGAUGGACAGAGACAGGUGAUACAGGCACUGAACGAUCAGCUGUCGCGGCAGAUUGAUGAACUGUCGACAAUCCACCGCGAGAUUAACACCGCGCUGCACACAUGAGACGCACGCCGGGCGGGCGGGGCCCCCGUGCC